AUGUACGACGUGGCCGACGACUUAGACCGGCAAAGAGAGGCCAAUUAUAAUGCAAUGCUGGCCUUAAUAGAAAAAGAAGAAGAUGCGCGGCAGGCGCGGAAGGCCCAGGGUCCUGCUGCUGCUGCUGCUGCUGCUGCUGCUGCAGCCUUCCGCAGCAGCAGCGCAGCAGCAGCAGCACUCGGGAUUUCCCCAGCCCGCUGGGGGCCCCCGGACCCUCAGCUGGACUGCGAGGGGCCCCUGGGGCCCCCCAGUGCUGCAGUUGACUCCGCAGCUCAAAUUCUUUCUCUUUUUGAAAACAAAAACAAACCACAAGUUCCCACUUCCAUUUCCAAACUGUGGGGCCCCACAGAGGCCCACGAACUGGACCAUUUCGAGGCAUUUGAGGGGCCCCUGGGGGCCCCCGAGGCCCCCCAGCACUUCACCACCAAACGAGAAGAAACACCUUGGGGCCCCCAGAGGGGCCCCCCUGGGGGCCCCCUCGUGGGCCCCCCUGGGGGCUCCCCCGGGGGCCCCCCUGGGAGCCUCCCUGGGGGCCCCCCUGGGAGCCUUCCUUGGGGCCCUUUUGGGGGCCCCCCUGGGGGCUCCCUUGGGGGCCCCCCAGGGGGCCCCCCUGGGGGCUCCCAAGGGGGCUCCCUCAGCAGCAGCAGCAGCAGCAGCAGCGAGGACGCCCGCAGCAGCAACAAGGGCGACAUCCGCGGCAGCAGCUGUGAUGGUCCCAGCAGAGCCACUCAAGGUCACAGCAGCAGCUCUGAAAGAAACGCCAGCAGCAGCAGCAGCAGCCCCAGCAGCAGCAGCAGCAACAGUAAACCCAGCAGCAGCAGCAGCAGCAGCAGCAGCAGCAGCGUAAGUGUGGAGGAGCUGCGCAGCAUAGCUCUUGCUGUGGCUCGCCUGCAGCUAAAUGUGGGCACUGACAAUUUGCUGCGGUCUUUGGUGCUGCUGGGAAUGGCCAGAGCAGCAGAGUUUGGCCUUUUUGCUGCAGCAGACUUUUUGCUGUCGCUGGCAGCAGCAGCAACAGCCAGCUACAAACCCAUACAGAAAGCUAUUCUCAAGGCCUUCAGGAAGCCCUGGGCCGCCGCUUUCCGUGCUGCUGUUGCUGCUGCUGCUGCGGGGAGCAGCAGCAGCAGCAGCAGCAGCAGCAGCAGCAGCAGCAGCAGCAGCAGCAGCAGCAGCAGCGGCCAGCGCGCCCCAGCGGGCGCUGACUUGUGCCGCGUGCUGCUGCUGCUGCUGCCGCUAUUUGCUGCUCAUGAUGCACUGGGAGAAGAAAUGCCAGUUUGUUUAGAAGUGCUUGUCAGCAGCGGCUUGUGGGCAGCAGUAGCAAAGGAAGCAGCAGCAGCAGCAGCAGCAGCAAAGGAAGCAGCAGCAGCAGCAGCAGCAGCAGCACUCGGGCCCGGAGAGCUGGUGGCAGCAGCAGCAACAGCUGCUGCUGCCCCGCAGCUGCAGCACAACAAGGAGUUCUGGGCGGACAUCCGAGCAGCAGCAAAACGCCACGCGGAAACCCUAAACCCUAGAGAGGCCAUAACACUGUGUUCGAUUCUCGCCCAGGUGGGCGAGGACUACGCGGAAGUGCUGCUGCGCUCGUGGCAGCUGCUGCAGACGCAGCUGCCGCUGCUGCCUUCUUCAAGUGUCUUUACAGCAGCAAGUCUUGCUGCUGCUGCUGCUGCUAAGCAGCCGAAGCUGCUGCAGCUCCUCUCGCUGCUGAGGCAGCAGCUGCAGCUCCGAGCAGCUAAUUCCGAAACCCUCACCGCAAACCCUAAACCCUAA